AUGUGGACCCGUCGAAUAAAGGGUAAUAUCAUUGGACGUGUUGUAACAUCUCAUCCAACAAAAGGUGAAAGAUAUUAUCUGAGAUUAUUAUUAAUGAAUAUAAGAGGACCAAAAUCAUAUGAAGACCUACUACCUGUAAAUGAAGUACGUUGCGAUACAUUCAGAGAAUCAGCUCAAAAAAGAGGACUACUUCAUUGUGACAAUAACUUAGCUGAAUGUAUGGUAGAAGCUGAGAGUUAUCAAAUGCCAUGUAAUUUGAGACGCUUGUUUGCUACAUUGUUAGUAUAUUAUGAUCCUGCUAAUCCAAGAGAAUUGUGGGAGAAAUUUAAGGACUCUAUGUCUGAAGACUUCAAAAUUUUACCAGACAUCGGAACAAAAAAUGUUCGAUAUAAAGUUUUAGACUGUCUCAAUGACAUCUUACAUUCGAUGGGACAUAACAUUAAUGAGUAUAAACUUAUCCCUGAAAAUUUCAAGGCUUCAAAGGCUGCCAAAGAAGCAAGAGAAAUAUUCUUCGAAAGAAACAUAAUCGUUACUGAAGAAGAGCUAUUACUGCGACAAAAGUUGAAUCGUGAACAACAGAUGGCAUACAAUGUGAUUAUAGACAGAAUAUCUUCAAACAGAGCAGGAGCUUUUUUUGUUGACGGUCCUGGAGGAACAGGUAAAACUUUUUUAUAUCGUGCCUUAUUAGCUACUGUGCGAUCUAAAGGAUUUAUUGCUCUAGCAACAGCAACCUUUGGAAUUGCGGCUUCGAUUCUUCCAAGUGGCCGUACAGCUCAUUCCCGUUUUAAAAUUCCAAUUGACAUUGAUGAAAACUUUAGUUGCAAUAUUAGCAAACAAAGUUCACUUGCCUGUUUGAUUCGAGAUGCAAAAUUAAUUGUAUGGGAUGAAGUAUCGAUGGCAAAAAAGAAAAUGAUUGAAACUUUUGAUCUACUUUUGAAAGAUCUCUUGAAUACUAAUGUGCUUUUUGGUGGUAAAGUUGUUGUCUUUAGUGGUGAUUUUAGACAAACUCUACCAGUAGUUCGAAACGGAAAAAGAGAAGAUUUUAUUCAUGAGAGUUUAUUAUAUUCUGACAUUUGGCCCCGACUUGAAAAAUUGCAACUGCUAAAAAUGGCAAGCUCUCAAAUAGAACCCCCACAUAUCGACAAAGAGUCCAGUCAUCAAGAUGAGAAUAACAACAUGGCGCCCGGUAGCGCAGGGCCACCCGCUGUUGCAGUCGAAAUUCGGGUCCCAGAUCCGAUUGAUGUUAUCAGCACAAACUUUCAUACGACCCUGAAAACAGCAUCCGUGGUGGAGCCUGAUCGGCAGCUCGAAACACAUAAAAUGCUGAAGAAGACGGGAUCAAGCUACACAUGA